GCAAUUAUCAGUCUUCGUGAGAACGUUGUACGAGUGGCCAUAAAAUUUAGAUGUGUAACAUCUGUAUUACUUUUGAAAGCAUCACAAGAACUGCAUAAAAUGAAUGAAAUAGUAUGGAUAGCGAUCUGGUCUAUAUCAUUUUUCAUUGCCAAAGCUGAAAUAAAGUGCCAAUUCGAAGAUGAUGGAGGCAUGAUGUUCCACAUGUGUAACGCAACUGGUGUUAGCGAUAACAUAUUACGAAGAGGACUUGUAUCAGAUAAGAGAAAAACUUUUCAUAUAAUACUUAAUCAAUGCAAUAUUGUAAGCAUAGAACAGGAAGCAUUUUACAGAUUGCCAGCAUUAGCUAUUUUAGAUUUAGCAGAAAAUAAAAUAGAAAGUCUACCUAUAGGAGUAUUCGAUAGAAUAACAUCAUUAUCGCGUUUAAAUUUAUCUUACAAUCUUCUAACAGAAUUACCUCUUGGCAUAUUUAAUCAUAAUACAGAUUUAUCAGUACUAGAUUUGGAAGGAAAUAGAUUGCAUACCCUGAAACCAGGUUUAUUUGAUUCUUUAUGGAGAUUGUAUCAAUUAGAUUUGAGUCAUAAUCUGUUCACAGGAAAAGAAAUAGUACCAGAAUUAUUUGAAAGAAAACGUGAUAUUUCAAUAUUAACUUUAUCCGGUAAUGAUAUGACUGAAGCUAAUUUUUUAUCUAUCAUGAAUAAUUUAAACUAUUUGUUUCUAGAUGGUUGUUCAUUAAAAGUAGUCCCCAAACUUGCAACAGCUGCAAAUAUGAAACAAUUAAGACAAUUAAGUUUGGCUUCUAAUGAAAUAAAAUCUAUAGACGAUGCCACAACUUUUAGCAAAUUAAUAGAUGUGAUGAAAUUAAAUUUAUCAAGAAACCAAAUAGUAUUUAUUCACAAAGAUGCAUUCAAAAAUUUAAGAUAUCUUGAAGAGAUAGAUUUAAGAUACAAUAAAUUGACUACUCUGCCUGUAGACAUGUUCCAAAAUAUACCUAAAUUAUAUGAGCUGAGGUUAUCAUAUAAUUUACUGACUGAUAUCCCACUUAAUGCUUUCUUUGGCACUGAAUUGAAGAGACUUAGUUUUGAUAAUAAUAAUAUAACGCAUUUGCAUGAAAAUUUUCUUAUGAAAAUAGAAGAUGCUGGAUUAAUGCUUAGGAUAAUGCAUUUUGGAAACAAUCCGUGGCAAUGCGCAUGUCUCAGAGAACUGCUACGAGAGGUGAAGGAAAUGGAAGUAUUAUACGAUAAUGAUUCAUAUGACGGUGAGCAUCCAGUUUGUGUCACAACUAAAGACUUUUACUGCAGGAGAGACGCAGCCGCGCAUGAGCAAUUUAUACGAAUGUACAAUGAAAAUAUACGAGUACGAUGAUGUGAAAAUCAAUCUUAUUUUGAGGUCUGGACCUUUAAAAAAAACCAUUAAAGAAAUACCACAAAGAUAAAGACCAAGAAGAAUGAA